UUCAGAUGUUGGUAUCAAUAUCAAUGAGUUACUAAGUGAUCGACCAGAUCAGGAAUGUUAAUUGCAAUUUCUUUGAAUUUGGCAAUUGCUGACUGUGGAGCUAGCGUCUUAACAUCGGUGUUUAUAUAUAUCUUCAGUGGUUUAUUUUGAUACAUUUGGAUAAACACACUACUGACCAUGGUAGAACAUAGCUUUGGAUAUAUCUUAACUGUUUGAUAGACGAAAACCAGGAUGAAGUCCAGAAUUGGGAUAUUCAUAUUAUUUCAUUUGGUAACUAUGGGAUAUUUUGCUGAUACCUAUACGUUAGCAACAGAGGACGAAUUUCAAAUUGAUCAGUUCGUUAACUCAACCAUGGAGUGCAGACAUGUACCUGGUCUCAUAGUAACCGUCGUCAAGGGAAAUACGACGCUGGUAUCCAAGGGAUACGGCAUGGCGAAUAUUGAAGAGGCAAUUCCUGCAAGAAAUACAUCUGUUUUCUGUAUCGGUUCUGUAACUAAAGCAUUCACAUCUACAGUCAUUGCUAAAUUAAUAGAAACCAAUAGUUGGUUGAAGUGGGAUUCGAAGAUAACAGACAUUAUUGGUGAAGAUUUCAAAUUUAAUUCCCAACUUCUAACAAAUUAUACAACAAUAACUGAUCUGUUGUCACAUAGGGUUGGCCUCGUUAGAUGGGACAUCUCAACCCAAGCAGGAUAUCCCUCUUAUGUCACUAGAGAGGAUCUUGUCAGACGUCUUUACUCUUUACCGUCUAUAGGCGACUUUCGAGAUGAAUUACAAUAUAACAACCAUAUGUACAUGCUGGUCGGCUAUAUUGCAGAGUUUGUUGGGGGAAAGACAUGGGAGCAGCUCGUCGAUGAAUUUCUUUUGACUCCUCUUGAAAUGACGUCCACAGGAUAUGCUAAUGAGCUCGAAGAAAUCGAGGAAUGUUUGGCAGAAAUGUACACUUAUCAAAACGGAAAACAUUUCAAAGUAGAUCCAGAAUUACGAAAGAUAAUCAAACCAGGGGGACCUUCCGGAAGUAUUUGUACUACGUCAUCCAAUAUGGCUGCCUGGAUGAAGCUUCACAUCAACAAGGGACAAACAGACACAGGGGUACCGGUGGUAGACCGAGAUAUCUUACAAGAGACGUACCUGCCGAGGAUUCAGCGCUCCGUAUCACAGAAUAACUUAUUUCAACCAGAAUGGCCGAUAGAUAACGCAGACAUCACGUACGCAAUGGGAUGGAAUAACGGCAUAUAUAGAGGAAAUAAGAAACUUUCACACGGAGGCUCGUUCUUUGGUUACUCCGCCCAGCUUUGGUUGUUCCCCCAGUCUGAUAUUGGAGUUUUUACAGCAGCCAAUGGUCCAACUGGGGCAGACGCAUCACUCGCCUUGAGGUCAAUCAAUGCAUACAUUUCCGAUGUCCUUCUGGGAAAAGAACCCUGGUUGAAUGCAACUACAAGUUGUUCCUUCCCGUUACCAUGGAAACCAGGAGUCAGUGGCAAGACCCCCAUUCCGACAACCUGGCAAACUGGUAACCCUAUUGAUGAAAUGACUGCCAAAACAGAUGCUGCUGAAACUAUAACUACCUCAUUACCUAUGCAAAACUUUGAAAGAUAUGCUGGAGUGUACGGCCAUAUAUUUUUAGGAAAUAUAACGAUUGCUAUGAACGAAACAACAAAUUUAUUGACAUUUACAUACGGGCGUUUCAUGACGGGUGAACUGGUAUACCAGGAUGGGGAUUCCUUCCAAUUAUUCCUGACUGGUUCAUAUUGGUGGCUUCUACAGAACAAUGCCAAAUCAAUGCCAUUACAUUUUAUUGCUGAUAGUAGGGGAUAUAUGAAUACUUUGCACUGGAGUGUAUCAGCCAUGGAGACUGUCGAAUACAGAAAGGGCAUAAAAUGGGAUGCACUCGAUCCUCCAUGCUUCAAUGUCCGGGAUAAGUCAUGUUCAAAUGACCAGGCACACUUGAGAAGUUCCAUUCAUUUUAUUUGUCUAUUAGUGAUAUCAGUUUCGUAUUUCCUAGCAAUGUGAGUUUUCAACCAAGACCAACGAGCAAUAGAAAUAAUGUUUGUAAAAAGAUGGCAGUCCAAACAAUCUGUCUACAUAGCUUCUCUUUAUAUGAACAACCACUGGUGCCAUCUUUAUAUCGGUAUAAAGUCAUUGGUACUUUUUAUCUGUCGGGCACAUCUCAAAGAACGAUGCAAACUUUGCAGGCCACCUUGGGAGGUCACAAAAGUUUUAGCUAUACCUCCAAGCCCCUCUCAAAGUUUGACCAAAGUAUUUCCAUUAUAUAGCGAGUUUAAUCAUUAAUUCCUCACUUGAUUACAAAAGGUCGUAAAACACCAUCAGGGUUAAAUACAUGGUUCGGAGGAUAACUUAUGGUUAUCAAAUUUCUGGAGGGGGAGUG